AUCAGCGACUGACAGCUUUCACAGAGGCAGCGGACCGAGCGGACCUGUCUGGAGCUGUGUUAGGAUAAUCUGUGUCCAUCCUUACGUUUGGGAUAAUAAUAGCUCCCAAACCAGGGGAGAACAUAAACUGCACGUUUCACACGACCGGCCGACAGCGAUAUUACAGACUUCCGCUGGACAGAAAGAGGAAAAAGGGAUGGUGAAAUCUGGAUUGUUGCAGAAAGAGCAGGGGUCGAAGGGGAGCGGGGUGUAAAAGGAGGUGUGAUAUAUAUAUAGAGAGAGAGAGAGGAUAAAUGCGUAAUAAUUAGGACAGUAGCAGCGUGAGUUGGCACACGGAGCGACAGAGGAGCCGCUGACAUGGAGCUGAGAGUGGGGAACCGCUACAGGCUGGGCAGGAAAAUCGGAAGUGGCUCUUUCGGGGACAUCUAUUUAGGCACAGACAUCUCAGUGGGUGAAGAAGUUGCAAUCAAGUUAGAAUGUGUGAAGACGAAACAUCCCCAACUCCACAUUGAGAGCAAGAUCUACAAGAUGAUGCAAGGAGGAGUGGGCAUUCCAACAAUAAAGUGGUGUGGAGCAGAAGGUGACUACAACGUGAUGGUGAUGGAGCUGCUGGGACCCAGCCUGGAGGAUCUCUUCAACUUUUGUUCCCGCAAGUUCAGCCUCAAGACAGUGCUUCUGCUUGCUGAUCAGAUGAUCAGUCGCAUUGAGUACAUUCACUCAAAGAACUUCAUCCACAGAGAUGUAAAGCCCGAUAACUUCCUGAUGGGACUCGGCAAAAAGGGCAACUUGGUGUACAUCAUUGACUUCGGACUGGCAAAAAAAUACCGUGACGCUCGCACACACCAGCACAUCCCCUACCGCGAGAACAAGAAUCUGACUGGCACAGCACGCUACGCUUCAAUCAACACACAUCUUGGGAUUGAGCAGUCGAGGCGUGAUGACCUGGAGUCUUUGGGCUACGUUCUCAUGUAUUUUAAUCUGGGCUCGCUACCUUGGCAAGGGCUGAAAGCAGCUACCAAGAGGCAGAAGUAUGAACGUAUCAGUGAGAAGAAAAUGUCCACCCCGAUUGAGGUGCUUUGCAAGGGCUACCCUUCUGAGUUUGCCACCUACCUGAAUUUUUGUCGCUCUCUGCGCUUUGAUGACAAGCCUGAUUACUCGUAUUUGCGGCAGCUCUUCAGAAACCUGUUCCACAGACAGGGCUUCUCUUAUGACUAUGUAUUUGACUGGAACAUGCUGAAAUUUGGAGCCAAUCGUGCUGCAGAAGAAGCAGAGAGAGAGCGUCGGGAUCGGGAUGAUAGGUUGAGGCACAGCAGGAACCCAGGGGCCAGAGGAAUACCUGCUGCAUCUGGACGGCCACGAGGAACCCAGGAUGGAGCUGUGCCUACCCCUCUAACGCCCACCUCACAGACAGCGAACACAUCUCCUCGACAAGUGUCCGGUAUGGAGCGUGAACGAAAGGUUAGCAUGCGGCUGCACCGUGGCGCUCCAAUCAACAUGUCAUCGUCAGAUCUAACAGGGCGGCAGGAAACCUCUCGCAUGUCCACCUCACAGAAUAGCAUUCCCUACGAGCAUCACACCAAGUAGACGCUCGCCAUGUCCUUGUGUGACGGCAGCAACACUGGAUGGUGUCUGGUGUACAACCUGCUGGUCUCCAAUUACCAGUUCCUCGAUGAGCCCAACAAUGCAAGCCUGCAGACCAAGCCGAGAUAUGAGCUCCCCCAUAAUUUGUACUGCUACAGUUGCCAUGGACAGUGAGCCUCUGACUGGGCACCAGCUCAUUUCUGAGUGUUGCUCUCAGUGCCGUCACCUUCAGUAUGUUGUACUCUGAUUCUUUUGCAUUUGUCUGUGUGGUCUGAAAACAUCAGGGUGCUGGUUUUCAGGACUGUUCUACUAUUCGGGGGCCACUUGCACCAUAACCCCACCCCACCCUCAGUUUGUUCAGGACCAACAUGACAACAUAGCAGUCCUUUUCUACAAGGCUGAUCCAAAUGAUGACCUAAAAGGCCACUGAUGGUCCUUCCUCAGCGCUGACUCUACAUUCCCACUGGCUGCUGUUUCAUUCCUGGUUAGGACAGCUUUUCUCUCCUUUUCCACUGGAAUCAACAGCUUUCAUGUGAAGUGUGUGUACCAGCAGACUGAGGUGUGUUGCUUUUGUUGAUAUGCAGUUUUCAUUUCCUCUUAUGUUUCAGUUUUGUUUUUGAGCCAUCACCACACCCUCCUUAUUAACUCUGCAGCCAUUUGCAUUAAACCAUUGAUAUUGAUGGCAGCAGUUGCUGUUUUGAACUGCAUUCAGCAUUCUGUUGCUCAGAUUUGCUCGUGCUGCGCUGUGUGAGCUCAUAUCGGCCAAAACAGUGACUGUCCUGCUCUAUUAUUUUGCGUUGAAUCUACUGUAUAUCAUGUAUGUUGUAUAGCUGAGAGAUCAGCAUAUAGCAUGACAUCAAAGUCAAAGCCACCAAUUGUAGAUACAUGUUGCAUAGCUCAGUUACAGCAGGCUGGCUAACUCCCCGUUUUCCACCUUUCCUGCUGCUGCUCGGUUUACUGAAAGCACUGUUUCUGUGCACUCUGUGCUGUGCUGGGGGCUGGUUUUGUUUUUGCUCUUCUUCAGUGCAGGGACAGACGCAUUCAGGCAAAACAUGAGCAUAAGCUACACAUACUUUGGAUUUUUAUGGAAAAUUUCUCCAAGUUGUUGGCAUAGAGAUCAGGCCAAAGGCUAUUAGAAGCAACCGAGAGUCAAAGGUCUGAAUUUAGUUAGGGUUAGGGAUGAAUUUUGGCAGUAAAAAGUUAAAUCUAACAUAAAAAUCAUUGCAUAGACAAUAUUUGAAUAAAAAGAAACAACUUGACAUGUUUAGAUGCACCACGAGAGUCUUGAUACAGGCUCGAGUGUAAGUUAAACUUAGGAAGAUGUCUUUGCUGUUGCAGAGGUUUGUUGGCACCUUUCCAGGUGUAGUCUCCUAUGAGCCCUGUUCCCUUUCUACUGCUCUAUAAUAAAGAAGUGCAUUAUGUUGGGGGCACGGACAUCAUUAGGCAUAUUUCACUAAAUGUUCAUUCACUGUGUACAUAAUCAUUUUUAUUUUUUUGUUUAUUUCUGCACUGUGAAACACUUCUAAUAUUAUUGGGUUAUGUUUGGGUUGUUUUUUUGCGGCUUACCUGUAGAGAUGGGUGUGAAUGUGCGCUUGGUUCAGAAACUUUGGUGUCUGCCAUUUGCCAUUUGCUUUAACAGUCUCGAAUGAGUCUGCGUCCUUAAGGCCGAUAAAGAGCUCUGUCAGCAGGGAUGCUGCUCUGAUUCUGAGCGCGUGUGACGCGCUCCUGUUGUCGGCACGAGAGACUCGGUGGUUCUGCACAUUGUGAUGGUACCACGUGCGUGAACAGUGCAAACUUACAAGCCCACAAACAAACACUGAGCUGUUUGUUCGUUGAGAGUGUGCCUCUCAAACCGUCCUUUCACAUGCUUUUCCAAAAGCAGUGCAUUGGGGCUUUUAUAUUUAACUUGUCUUACAUACAAACGACUGUAAUAAACUUCCAUGUCUGCUAUGAAAAAAUUGUCUGCCGUUAUUCAUUCUGUUCAAUCUCUAAAUUUGGAUUGUGAUGGUUUACCUCUUUGGUCGGCUGCACUAUGCUUUGUGUCAAAUAUAAGUAUGAGAAGAAAAUCUUGCUCUUCAGACUGAAUCCAUUCAGUGUUUGUGUCCUUGAACUGUAAAUACUUCAUUGUACCUGAGAGGGAGUGAAUAUGGUCACUCCAGUGAACAGCAGGGGAGCAACAGAAGACAAAUGAAGGGGAAAGAACCUUCAUUUGCUCAUACAGGGCUGGGCCAUCUGACCCCGCUUUCAUCAAAGAUAAGAUUAUCUGAGUAAUUCAGCGAGCAGUCAAAGAGCACAAUAACACUAACUUCACCAUCUACAGGAGCCGGUCAAAGAGUUUGCAGCUGCCAGGCUUCAUGAGGAUGUCUAAUCCUUCACCACAGAAAAGCGCGUCACGUGUCUCUGUUGUGUACACAUCAACCAGGAAAAUAGAAGUGGAAGUGCAGGAGUUGUUUCAUUUGUUCACUCCUGUUGCUCUGUGGAGAAAUCAAAUCGGAGCAGCUCAUCUGGGAUCAUUGUUACAGCACUGGAUACAUCUGCUGUGCACACUGUCGAGAAUACAUGCAUGAGCUGAGCUGUUGUACUGUGACUACGUCUGUUCAGGUUAUCGUUCAUUAAAAUUUUUUGGGGAGCAGUACCACUGAUUAUAUAGCUAAAAUGCUUCCAAAAUAAAUGUAAUCAAACUUUAUUAAUUCUGGGUCACUGUAAUUAAAAUUUAUGCUUGAAAUUG